CAUGAGCUGUCGUUAAGUUUUUACCGUAUUUUCCUAAAAGUGAAAAAAUGCUAUUCACUUCUACACGAAUGAAUGUGUGUUGAAAACUUCUAGGAGGUAUUUCCAAAUAGGCUAUAGCAAAACAGUCUGGCUCUGGAAACCAUCAGAGGAAAUAAAAGGAGAUACAAUUAAUGUGAAAAGAAUUGCAGAGGAAUAAAUGUAGGUGUUUUUUAAAUGGCUGUGGAAUUCUGGUAUUUACACAAAAACAUGUCUAGAGGGAAUUCGGUGCCAUCUUAUUUGUAUUAGGCGACAUUUCAAAGGUCACAUGAGCGGUAUAUUUUUAAUAUACGAUAAUACGUUAUCAACACUGGCUAGUGAAGAAUACGUCAAAACUUGUUAAUACCCAAUCUAUUCACUGCUUAAGAUGAUUCUUCUUGCUGUUAUAGUUAUCGCCUUGGCAUGCAUUUACGCAGCCGUCCGUUAUUUUAACAGCACGUACAAGUACUGGCAAUCCCGAAACGUACCGUACGAAGAGCCGACAAUGUUCUUUGGUAGCUUCCUAAACUUGUUUUUUGAAAAAGACAACCUACGGAGAUUCCUGGAUAGGACUAGCAAAAAUUCGAUUCGCCCUACUAUGGGUUUUUUAUAUUUAAUAAACCGUUUUUGGUCGUUAAGGAUCUUGAAAUAGUCAAGCGGAUUAUGAUCAGGGAUUUUUCGUCGUUUCCAAACAAAUUGUUUUUGGAUGAUAAGGAGUGCGACCCGGUGUUUAACAACUCCUUGUUUGGCACUAGAGAUCAGGAGUGGAGGUCGUUGAGAUACCGACUCAGUCCAGUUUUUACUACUGGAAAGCUAAAGGGAAUGCUGCCGUUAAUCGGCGAAUGCGGAGAGAGAUUGGAAAGACAUUUAGAAAAAAUUUCCAAUGAAAAUGUAGAAGUCACCGAUGUACUGUCAAGAUAUUCGACGGAAGUAAUAUCUUCGUGUGCGUUUGGUGUUAAGUGCGAUUGUUUUCAAAAGAAAGUUAGCGAGUUUCAGCAUUACGGAAAAAAAAUAUUUCCCAAAGACACAAUUGGAUUAAUAAAAAAUAUUUCGUACAUAUUCGUACAUUCUGUUGCCAAGUUCUUUAAAUUUAGCUUGCUGAACCAGAGUGGAGUGAAAUAUUUUCGCAAAGUAUUUAAGGAGGUUCUGAACCAACGAAUGACCCAAAGUACCAGGCGUAACGACUUUGUUGACCUUUUACUUGACUUGAAACGCCAAGAGGAAAAACACGAAAUCUUCGGAUUAGAUGACGAGCGAAUGCUGGCACAAGCGAUACCAUUCUUCGCGGCUGGACUCGAAACGACAGCGACCAUAGUUUCCUUUGCACUUCACGAACUAAGCCUAAAUAGCGCAAUACAAGAUCGCCUAAGACAAGAAAUUCAAAGUGUAGUUAAUAACUAUGAAGUAAUCAGUUAUCAGGCAUUGGAAGAAAUGAAGUACUUAAAAAUGGUGAUUUUAGAAACAUUACGAAAGUACCCAAUUCUCAGUUUUAUUCAACGAGAAUCGCUCCAUCACUAUACAAUUCCCGAAACUGGACUGCAACUGGAACGUGGUACCGGGAUUAUAGUUCCAAUUAGAGGUUUCCAUCACAAUCCCAUGUACUUCCCGGAUCCUGAGGUAUACGACCCGGAAAGAUUUAGUGACGAGAAUAAACAGCAGCGAGACUCUAACCUAAUUUUGGCAUUUGGUAUUGGACCCAGGAAUUGUAUAGGAAAGAGAUUUGCUUGGACGACAAUGAUGAUCGCGAUGGUGUAUAUUUUGAGAAACUUUAAAGUGGAGAGGAACUCGCAAACAGUAGAAGUGUUAAGUAUUAUUUCACCGCAUGUUUCUCGUUCUCCCAGUGGCGUUAAUCUAACUUUUAAGCGUUUGUAGUUUCUCUAAUAUAUUAUUAUUUUGGUAAAAUAUUAAAAAAUAUUAUUAAAUAUAAAAUGUGUUUAAACGGCGUGACCAAAUUAUUUAUUUUUUUCCAAAUAUUAUAACAAUGUAAAUUAGUAUUAGUAUUAGUAGUGUCGAAAAAAAUUCUACAUCGAUCAAUUAUUAUAUUCCCUAUACCCAUCUGUUAUGCUUUUCGGUUUAUUUAAGAUUUUCUAAAAUUGUGACCGUCAUAUGCAUAAUUUUCUUAAGAGGCCUUUAAAUAAACGCGUUAGUAGAUGUCAUUGUACCAUCUUUGGAAACAUUACUUGGGCAAAAUUGCUGGUUUCAACUUGACGGAGCGCCCGCUCAUUCUACCCAUGAUGCUUGAAAUAAUUAUGUCUUUGAACAUUUUUAAAAAACACAGUUUUACACCAGUUGUUUCUCGUGAAUAACUGGAUGUUAGGGUGAGAAUAGCUUUUAACGGAAUUGAGUAGGAAUUCGAGAGGCGGCUACUAACGGAGUUCCUCAGAGGAUGCUAUUAUGCAUUGAAAAACACGGUGGGCACGUAGCAUCAAAACCUCAAUUGAGGUUUGUUUUUUAUUUCGAUAUUUGUUAUUGUUACCUAUUUCUGUUUAUUGUGCAAUCUUUAUUUAACUUUUAAAUUAAAGUAAAUAGGAUUCUUUUCAUAUUUAUAGUGAUAUAAACUACCAUGAACGACGAAUAAUAACAAUUAUUGACCAUUACUUUUAAAACACCCUGUAGAAGGAUACUUAUAAUAUAAAUUAUUCUCACGUAUCAUGUAGCCAGUAUUGCUGAUUUUGGACUUUUUGCAAUUCAAGUCAACGGAGUCAUAGGUAUAGGACCCUUAAAAGCAGCCAAACGUCAAAAAUUUUGAAAAAUCUGGAAUAACUUGAAAACGUUUAAUGCUUAGUACAGGUAUAUGUGAUAUCAAACGACGCACAUUUUCUUUUAGAUUUCAAAAAUGCAAUAAGAUACAGGGUGUUCUAUGUAAAAUAAGAAAGUUGCUGUCCACACACGGUAAAACAGGAAGUGAAACCAUCAUGAUAAUAAUUGCGUUCGAUAGGUCAUGAAAAACUAUGUUGGUAUGCAAAUUUUCAGAUAUAAUAUAAAUUAUUAAUGGGAAUCCGAAUACUUCUAGGUAACGGUUUGCGUGGAACAGUCUGUAUGGUAGCUGUUGUUCUAACACGUUUACCUUAAUUAUCCCAACUUUGUCUCACAAAUAUGAACAGCCGAUUUUUGUGCAUGGAGCUUUUUGUGUCGUCGAGACCCGGAAACCUUUGCUGUUUAGAGUGUUUUUUAAUCUCUGGAUCAUAAGGAUCAUCCAUAUUGAUAAUGCAUGUCAAAAACUUUGUGGAAUCUUCAAUACGACGGGACAUUUCAUUUGACAGUUUCUGAUCAACGUUUAAGUAUUUCAUUUUAUUCAUUCCCGGUAACCCUUUGAAAAAAUAAAUACACAAUAACUGACCGAAAGUUGUCAAAACCUAGCUUCUUUUUGGGCACGCCGUUUUCGAAAACUCAUGCCACAAUUUAACGUAUGAAUACCAAACUUUGAGAGCUUGUAACAGGCGGUCUUUUAGGCUUUACAGAUUUUUUUUUAAUUCUACAAAUUAUUUAUUAUAUUUUCAAUUUAAAAGAGCACCUACAUGCAUGGGUGAUUUACAAGUACCUAACUAUAAACUUUCGAGCUAUGUUUUAGGUAUUUUAAAAAACGAAAGCCUAAGAGACGAAAAUAAUGAUCACAUUAGAUCCCCUUUUUUUGAUAUCGUUCUUUUUCUUCCAUACCUACCCCCCUAUCAAAAUAUACCAAUAUAUGAUUUUUUUAAUCCGGUUUCACUUUUUAGACCGUGUUGAGAGGUACCUACCUAAUCGCUAGCCAUCCAAAACGACGACACUAUUCCAAAACCGAUGCGAAGACUAAAUAUUCUUGCCAAUUGGAGAAAGGUUGCUCGACAAAUCCCGAAAUUGACGGCGAAGCACAACAUACAUUUAGGUGUGAGCAGUAUUGCACCACAUCGAAUUCGGCGCUGUCGUCAUCUACCUUCAGAGUGGCCACUAGGAACACUAUUAGCUGGACGAUAUGGAUGAAGAAAAUGAAAAGUAAAAGUAAAAUGCUUGAUGACAAUAAAAAAGGCGUCUCACUAGUCACUUCUGAGGACUAAGAUCGCCGGCAAUUUUUUUUACAUCUUUUAUGUUUGGGAUCAUAGGAACCAAAACAAAAUUGUCGUCAAAAGAUACGUAUUUAUUUAUUUUUCAAGUAGCCACAAAAAACUGUGUUGCAAAAAGAACCAUUUCGCGUGAUUUGAGUACACAUUUCAAGUGCAAUUUCGCGUGGCAAAACCGAGAAACAUGGGUGAAACCGAUAAAAGGUUAAAAAUAAGAAAGAAAAAAAAAUG